UUGACUAGCAAUUGCUCGCAUUUUGCUUUUUCACCCUUCUUCUUCUUGUUCCUUUCUGUGCCUUAUUUUUGUCGAAGAAUUUGCACAACUUAUAACCAACGCGCUAGCUGUCCUUUGAACUUCAGCUUGGGAAAUUUUGGGGUCAUGGACUUGGCGAUUCUCCGAGAGUGGUUCGACCGAGUUGACUCGUCUCGAACCGGAAACAUUACAGCACCACUGCUCAAGAAUGCACUUUCUGUUGGAAAUCUCGAUCUCCCACUUUCUGUUGUUCAGCAGAUGAUCAGGAUGUAUGAUUUUGAUAAGAAUGGAACUAUGAGCUUUGAAGAAUUUGUUGCCCUUAACCAAUUUCUCUUAAAGGUUCAACAGGCUUUCUCCGAUUUAGAAAGGGACCGUGGAUUUCUUCUCCAUGAUCAGGUUAAUGAGGCACUAAUGAAGCUUGGAUUCUCACUUGAUUCACCUGCCUUUUACACAGCAUGUGAGAGCUUUGAUCAAAAGAAGAAUGGGAAGUUCCGGUUAGAUGCUUUUAUAUCUUUGUGUGUAUUUCUACAAUCUGCUCGGAAUCUUUUCAACUCCUUUGAUACAAAUAAGCAAGGCAGAGUGACUCUUGAUGUGAACCAAUUUAUUUACUGCACUGCGAAUUGUAGGUUAUGAGAUUUCAGUUUGAUAUCUAGCUCAUUCUUUACCCCGGAAGAUCAUGGCGAAGCUGUAAAGUUCUACUGCUAAUUUACUUCAAACAAGCAGCAGUUGCAUGUAAUGUAAUACCAAAUCGGGACAGAAGAUUUAGGUUCUUGUAUCAAUAGUGUUAUAUCUUCUCCUUCUGGUUAUGACUGCCAUAUUCUUCUCUUUUCCUAGUCUAAAGUCCGAAUAUUGUCAGUUUGUGUAUCAAUUGUAUGCAUCAUAGUAUUCUUAAGACAGGGAAAUUCUUCAUGAAAUGUGUAUUAGAUUGAUUGUUUGAAUAAUAGAUUGAACAGCAAGAGAGAAAUAUAAUUUGCAUGUUUCUGUUCAUAAA